AAUUUGUCAUCGCCCAUCAUCUCGCCAAUGACUUCCCCCACAGAAUUACCUGCUUGGUACUAUCGCGUUUCUGAGGCAGUCAAAAAGAGAAAUGGCGUUAUACUCUGGGACUUUGAUGAAGAUAUCUCCGACCUUGAUGAAACCAGCCCAGGCGAAACCAUAGCGUACAAUGGACCUGAUGCUGCAGAUUACCAUUACUUGAGAGAGAAGCGGGAGGAACGCAAAAGAGAGCUUUUCCAGCGCAAAGAGAUUAUCAGAAAGCGUAAGGAGGAUGCAAGAGAGGAGGAGAAAAAUAAGGUCGAACAAGUGCGGGCAGCAUAUGAAGCUUUUGAGAUUUCCGUGUUCAGAAGCGAAUCAACUCAACUAGGACCUAUCGACAGCCAGUUCGAUCUUUACUGUAUGGACUACUUUGACUGUUUUUAUGAUCCCAGUCCGCAUGGCUACCAGAGGAGAUACGUCAGGUUCGAAUACGAAGAUAGAGGCGAGGUGCACAGCGAUGAUCUCACCGGCCGGUUCUGGCUCAAUCCGAAGGUCGACUUUGAACUUGUCCCAUUCAAAGCCCCGGAAUGUUCAAGCCUUAAACAUCAUGAGAUCUACACCACCGAUGGCAGAUUCUCUAUGAUUCUGCAAUUGAUUGACAAAGAUCACUUGAUCCUCAGAGCAAGCCGAGAUCUUGUCUUCUGGGGCACUCCGCAGGAUUCACAAGGCCCUGAAACGUUCAUAUUCAUGGGUGUCCGCAAUGAUUGGGGGAAGCAACUUCAGGCGUUUGCAAGGAUGUUGCACCCGUGA